UUUUGAUGUAUUUUCCGGGAAAUUUUCUCCAGGCAAUCCCGUCUUUUCUGACCACGAUUGUCACGUGGUACAAGAUAAGGGACACACCGUCAUUUCACUUGUUCAACCUCUUUUAUUCUUUUUUUAACAGUUGCAAAGUAUCUUGUUGAAUCGGUUUGGCUACAUUUUAGGUACUCCAACAAAGGGAUAUGUCCUAAUUACCCAGUUAUAAACUUACAGAAAGCAAGCUGAACUGAUUCACUGCGCAUAAGGAGUGGGAUACUACCCAGGAAUGUUCAAAUGUCGGAGGAUCAGGAAGCCCAAGACGAUGAACUGCUGGCCCUAGCGAGUAUUUAUGAUGAAGAGGAGUUUCGUCGGGCGGAAACGGGGCGUGAAGGCGAGAUCCAUCUGUGUCUCAAGCUUCCCCCAGACUUCAAGCUGCUGGUUAAUGGAGAGAAAUGCAUGGAAUAUGAAGUAUCCUUCUUACCCCCCCUGAUCCUGAGUUUUGAGCUCCCUACGGAUUACCCUUCCUCAUCUGCACCUGUUUUUAUGCUGAGCUCCAAAUGGCUUUCAAGACUCCAGCUGACAGCACUGUGCAAGCGACUGGACGAACUGUGGGAGGAGAACCAGGGCAGUGUGGUGCUCUUUACCUGGAUCCAGUUCCUCAAGGAGGAGGCUCUUGACUUCCUUGGCCUCCACUCUCCCCUGGAGAUCCUCAGCAGGGGCGGGGGAGGGGAGCUUGGUGGGGCCAGUGCAGGCCUGCCCCACCCAGUGAAGCGAGGCGAGGGUGCCGGUGGAGACAAGAGGAGGCCGACAGAGGCAGAUCCGCGGGCCGUGCUGGAGGUGGACCCCCGUGCUGACCUGCUGCCUCAGCUGCUGGACUUCGACGAGGCACAGCGGCAGAAGGUCUUUGACAGCAGACUGUUCUGCUGCAGCAUCUGUUUCCUGGAGAAGCUUGGCUCCAGCUGCAUGCUCUUCAAGGAGUGCCAGCACGUCUACUGCAAGGCCUGCAUGAAGGAGUACUUUGAGAUCCAGAUCCGAGAUGGAAAAGUACAGUGCCUUAACUGCCCUGAGCCAAAGUGUACUUCCGUGGCCACUCCUUCACAGGUGAAGCUUCUGGUCGGGGAGGAUGAGUUCGCCCGCUACGACCGCCUCCUCCUGCAGCUGAGCCUGGACCUGAUGGCGGACGUGGUGUACUGCCCACGCAACACUUGCUGCGCGCCCGUUAUGCUGGAGCCGGACGCCACCAUGGGCCUCUGUCCCUCCUGCCGCUACGCUUUCUGCACACUGUGCAAGCGCGCUUACCAUGGUCUGUCCCACUGCCUGCCCACUGUCGAUGAGCUCCAGAGCCUGCAGGAGGAGUACGUGUCUGGCAGUGAGGAGGAAAAACGCUUCCUGGAGCAGCGCUAUGGGAAGCAGGUCAUCCACCGUGCCGUGGAGGAAUCCUUCAGCAGGAAGUGGCUGGAGGAGAACUGCAAGAACUGCCCUCGUUGCGGCACCCACAUUCAGAAGACCCAAGGCUGCAACAAGAUGACAUGCACCUCUUGCCGGCAGCACUUCUGCUGGAUCUGCCUUGCUCCUCUCUCCAGGGUCAACCCAUACAGCCACUUCAACAACCCCAACAUGCCCUGCUUCAACCAGUUGUUCUUGGGUGUGGGCGAAGAGGACGAACUCUGGAGCGACGAAGAUGAGUGAAAUGGGGCCCACCAUCUCAUUGGAUUUCACCCAAUGUACUUUGUCUCUUCUUAUCUACCUGCUCUGUUGCUUCUAGGAUCCAAAGCAGAAUAACCUUUCACUAUUUAUUUUUUGAACUUUUCACUCUUUCAAAAUGGCCCCUGCCCAUGUGUUUAGAAAUGAGGAUCAGGCCAAUUUUUGAGUGAAGUGGACUUAACAGUGGUGCUUGUUUUUUUUUUUCCUGCUUGAAAACCGUCAUUCAGGGGGGACCGUUUUGAAGACUUUUAAGUAAUUUAAUCUGUUUAGUGGUGUUCAUGUUGAGGAUGCAGAGUGUUGGGCACCUCGGAAAAUCCUACAGUAGAUCAGCGUUCACUGUACUCCUGUUUAUGGUGUUAUCUUGUGUUUAAGCCAAAUAAGCCGGCCAACAGAAACUAGAAGGAUCCAGUCUGCUCAUUAUGUUUUGAUUUACAGGUUGAAUGAAUACUUGUAAUAAGACGUUCACUGUAAUCAGGUCACUAAUAAAAUGUUCACUAUUUUGAUGGAA